CAAUGCAAUAAUCUGGCAUUUUUCUUUUUAAUUUUAUACAAAUAAAUAUACAUGAGUCCAGCAAUCAAGACAUGAUUUACUCUUACACGACCUGUCAUUCCAUCUCUCCAUCUCAUUGAAGCAGUGAGGCAGAUAAGCGGGUCUAUGCACUUGCCGGGGCGCCUCUCACCCUUGUCCCAGCAAAAAAGGCUCCACGUUGCAUAUAACGAGCUACGAAAAAGCUCCUCUAACAAGGCCGUUUCACGUGUAUUUCGACAAAAAAACGACAUGCCCCUUUAAAUCAACAAGCCUCGGAACUGGAAAUUUUCAAAGAAAGAAAGAGAUUUCUUUCUAACUCAUCGCUCUCUUUUCACUCGGUGGAAUCGAAAAGGUUGGGAAUAGAAAGAGAGAGGGAGCUGCUUCACCAAAAACGGCGCUCAAUGGCCUCUCUCAUCAAGUUCGCCUCUGACGUCGCCAAUGGCCGCCAUGCGCUGUCGAAAUUCAUUCCGAUGGGCCUUUGGCUCGCAGACGCCGUGCUGUGCGGUCUGAUUAUCUGGAAAGUGCCCUAUACGGAAAUCGAUUGGGUUGCCUACAUGGAGCAGAUCACGCAGUUUGUUCACGGGGAGCGAGAUUAUCCCAAGAUGGAGGGCGGCACGGGGCCGUUGGUGUAUCCCGCGGCUCAUGUGUAUAUUUACACGGGUCUCUAUUAUCUGACCAACAAGGGCACGGAUAUCUUGUUGGCGCAGCAGCUCUUUGCCGUUUUGUACAUGGCUACGCUGGGGGUGGUGAUGCUGUGCUAUUGGAAGGCCAAGGUUCCCCCGUACAUCUUCCCGCUUUUGAUUCUUUCAAAGCGACUUCACAGUGUCUUUGUCUUGAGAUGCUUCAACGACUGUUUUGCGGCAUUCUUCUUGUGGCUGUCAAUCUUCUUCUUCCAGAGGAGAGUCUGGACCCUUGGUGCUAUUGCGUAUACCAUCGGUCUGGGCGUCAAAAUGUCACUGCUGCUUGUUCUUCCCGCCGUCGUCAUUGUCCUAUUCCUGGGUCGCGGAUUUAAAGGAGCGUUGCGGCUACUGUGGCUUAUGGUGCAGGUUCAGCUGCUCCUUGCUAUUCCAUUCAUCACAACAAACUGGAAAGGCUAUCUUGGCCGAGCAUUCGAGCUAUCGAGGCAGUUCAAGUUUGAAUGGACAGUCAAUUGGCGCAUGCUGGGCGAGGAAUUGUUCCUUAGCCGGGGCUUCUCUAUCACGCUACUGGCAUUCCACGCCUUGUUCCUCCUAAUCUUCAUCCUAGGCCGGUGGUUGAGGAUUAAGGAACGAUCCUUUUUAGGAAUGAUUCCCUACGUUCUCCGGUUCACGUCACCUUUUACAGAGCAUGAAGAGGCCAGCAUCUCCCACAGAGUCGUCACGCCCGAGUACAUCAUGUCUGCGAUGUUGUCGGCCAAUGUGGUUGGGCUCCUGUUUGCCAGGUCUCUGCAUUACCAGUUUUAUGCGUACCUGGCAUGGGCAACUCCCUUCCUCCUGUGGACGGCCUCUCCGAAUCUUCUUGUCGUGGUCCCGCUGUGGGCGGCGCAGGAAUGGGCUUGGAAUGUGUUCCCCAGCACUCCUCUUAGCUCCAACGUCGUGGUGAGCGUGCUGGCCGUGACGGUUGCCAUGGCGUUUGUAGGUUCGAACCCGCAGCGUGGCGCUCCGAAGCCAAAGCAGCUAUAGUGGUGGUGUAGCUAGACGACUGUAUUGUUGCGAGCAAAAGCUUCGUCUCAUUCUUCCUCUUCUUCCUCGUCGUCGCUGGGUGGCAUCCUUCCUACGUUGGAGUCGCUCUCCUCGUCGCUGAGAUCCUGAACCGCCUUUACGAAUUCCUUAGGCCUAGAGCAUAUCGUUUAAUACAUGUAU